CCGUGACUUUGAGCCCACUGGAAACUAGAGUGAAUUUGAAAAUCCUAUCUAUAUAAACCCUAAUUUCUUCUUCGCCUGUUACUAGCAAACCCUAACGGCUCCGCUUCUUCAUCGACAGGGUUUACAAGGGUUUGAGGCAGCCGCAACCAAUGGCCCCCAAAGUUGAGAAGAAAUCAGAUCCAAAGGCACAGGCCUUGAAAGCAGCGAAAGCAGUGAAAUCUGGAGCCACAUUUAAGAAGAAGGCCAAGAAGAUCCGAAUCAAGGUUACAUUCCACAGGCCAAGGACCUUGAAGAAGGAUAGGACCCCAAAGUACCCUCGCAUUAGUGCUCCACCAAGGAACAAGCUUGAUCAUUAUCAGAUUCUCAAGUUUCCCCUCACGACUGAGUCUGCAAUGAAGAAGAUUGAAGACAACAACACUUUGGUUUUCAUUGUUGACAUUCGUGCUGAUAAGAAGAAGAUUAAAGAUGCUGUCAAGAAGAUGUAUGAUAUUCAGGCCAAGAAAGUUAACACCUUGAUCAGGCCUGAUGGAACAAAGAAAGCAUACGUUAGGUUGACACCCGAAUACGAUGCCUUGGACGUUGCAAACAAAAUUGGUAUUAUCUAAGCUAGUUAGUAGCUACCUUGUUGAGCAUUUAUUUUCCUUUUCUUUGCAAAGAGUAAAAUUAUUUCGAGACAUUGAGCAGGCAUUUUUAUUUUUAUUAGCACUUAAAAGUUUGUAAUAUUGCAUUGUUGUUGCCAAUUAGCCAUCUCUGGUUCAACUUAAGACAGAAGGUGAUUUUUGAUUUA